CCGAGGCAGGCUAGCGCUGACGUCCUCUUCCGUUCUGCUGGCAGCCGCAGGAGCGAAGAUGAAGCUGCUGCUGCUGCUUGCCUUUCUGGGGGUCUUCUCCUCCAUCCACUGUGAGGAAGGGGCCAGGCUUCUGGCCUCCAAGGCUCUGCUGAACAGAUACGCAGUGGAGGGCCGAGAUCUCACUCUGCAGUACAACAUCUACAAUGUUGGUUCCAGCGCUGCCUUAGAAGUUGAAUUGUCGGACGAUUCCUUCCCUCCAGGAGAUUUUGGCAUCGUCUCCGGGAUGCUCAACGUGAAGUGGGACAGAAUCGCACCGGCCAGCAACGUGUCCCACACUGUGGUCCUCAGGCCGCUGAAGGCUGGCUACUUCAACUUCACAUCAGCUACAAUCACUUACCUGGUGCAGGAGGGGGGACAGGUGGUGGUCGGCUUCACCAGUGCCCCAGGGCAAGGGGGGAUCCUGGCCCAGCGAGAAUUCGACAGGAGAUUUUCUCCACACUUCGUAAGUAAUCUGACUUACACUCCUAAUUUCCGUAGUUGGGAAUAACGUGAGUACAGGUAG